AUGGCAUCUUCUUUGCGCGAUCAAGUUAAUGCACUCUUGACAGAUUACUCUGGUCUUAUUAAGAAUUACUUUCAUGCCAUAUCAUUAGUAGCAGAAAAUACCCCGGUGGAUGAGCAACAUUCUCCCGAGACACUUUUAAAAAAGAUUGUUGGAGUAGAUAGAGCACUCCAACAAGCUAUUGAAUCCAAAGAAGAAAAACAAAGCACAUAUAUACUCUAUAUACAAAAUGAACAAACAAAGCGUAUUGAUAGGUUUCUACUCCUAGUCGAUGAGCAUCAAGCACGACAGAGACGAAUUAUACAAGUUCAGGAUGAUAUUCAACGCCAUCAAAUGACAAUGUUGGAAAUCGUUCAACGAUUGCAUGAUGCACGCGAAAAUAUAGAUCUUGAUUUGACACAGGCCAAACGUGAAUUAAAGGCUAUUGAAUAUUCCAAGGAUUCAAAUGUUCAGUUCACAGAGAUUUUGUCUUAUGCUUCUAAACUAUCAAAGUACACUUCUGCACCUCCAAACUUUGAAUUGAUCAGUCGUGAUAUGAAGAUUGAAUUCGAGAAACCUUAUCCUGAUGAAGAGCGUAUGCGCCGUGGUCAACUCUACUGGCAGCAUGCACCACAACCUGUACCAGAAGAUCAAUUCGAAAGCUCGGAUAGUGAUAGUGCAAUGGAAGAAGAAAUCAAUAAGGAGGCUGGUAGCACUGGUCAACCAGAGGAAUCUCAAGGAGAUCCAUUCUGGAUCUUGGAUCUCAAUCCAGAUAUGCCUUCAUGA